GGGUAGUAAUAUAUAAGAAGAUGAUAAGGGGAAGCGAAGCAUGUAGGUGUGAUGGAGCAGAAGAAGGCAAAGAUAGUGGCAGAGCUCCAAGCUGUGAAGCACAACAGUGGCAAGUCCUACAAUCAGUUAGCGGAGGAGACUGGACUCACCAACGUCUAUGUUGCUCAGCUUCUCAGGAGACAGGCUCAGCUCAAUCCCCAAACUGCCCCUCUACUUCGGGCAGCGCUGCCCGACCUGCCCCAAGACCUUGUUUCUGAGAUGAUGAGACCCCCUUUGAGGUCUUAUGACCCUAAUCUCAUCCAAGACCCCACUGUCUAUAGGUUGAAUGAAGCUGUUAUGCAUUUUGGGGAGAGCAUCAAAGAAAUAAUCAAUGAGGAGUUUGGUGAUGGGAUCAUGUCAGCAAUAGAUUUCUACUGCUCGGUUGAUAAAAUUAAAGGAGUAGAUGGGAAGGAUCGUGUGGUAUUGACAUUUGAUGGGAAAUAUUUGCCACAUUCAGAACAGAAAUCUGAGCACAUGGUUUCAAGAACAAGGCCACUGGGAAAACAGUGAGUAUCUUCAUUGGAGGACCAACUACGCAAUCUUCAACACCAGUCUACCUGCACAUGAAUUAUCAUUGAUCUGUAACAACCACAAGUUGUAUUUGAUCAGUGCUAUUUUGUGUUGUCUAUAGAAAAACAUUGGAAGAGAAAAAUAAAAGUGUUUAAGAUUUAUAAAUAAUAAAAAGUAGUUGGCCAUGCAUAUUUAUACAAUGUUUUAUGGCUUUGGAUAUUUCAUGACACUUGCACCAUGUAUUUUAAUGCCAGUUAAUUAUAAGAUGGAGAAGCUUGUAUUGUGCUUGGUUGAGCAAGUCAAAUAAACAUAAUAAUAUUCAUUUUAUCCAUCUUUA